GAUGUCGCUGAGCCCCCUCGCCGAACCGCUUUCUCAUGCACUCGGCGGCCUCCCGGUGCACUUCGUCUCCGAUUGCAUCGGCGAUGGGACGGAGGCCGCCGUGGCUGCGCUCGCACCCGGCGAUGUCGCACUGCUGGAGAACCUGCGCUUCCACCCUGGCGAGGAGGCGAACGAUCCCGCCUUCGCCGAUGCCCUCGCACGGCUUGCCGAUCUCUACGUCAACGAUGCGUUCUCGGCCGCGCAUCGCGCCCAUGCGUCCACGACCGCCGUGGCGGAGCGCCUGCCGAGCGCGGCGGGGCGCCUCAUGCAGGCCGAGCUGGAGGCGCUCGGCAAGGCGUUGCGGCGCCCGAGCGGCCGGUCGUCGCCGUCGUCGGCGGCGCCAAGGUCUCGACCAAACUCGCGAUCCUCGCCAAUCUGAUCCGCCGGGUCGACCGCCUCGUCAUCGGCGGCGCCAUGGCUAACACAUUCCUUCAUGCGCAAGGGGUCGCCGUCGGCGCGUCGCUCCACGAGCCCGACCUGGCGGCAGAUGCGCGCCGCAUCAUGGCGGAGGCGGAGGGAGCCGGGUGCGCCAUCGUGCUGCCCACCGACGUGGCGGUGACGCAGGAGUUCAGGGAAGGCGCCGAGGAUACAGUGACGCUUGUUGGCGAUGUGCCGACAAAUGGAAUGAUCCUCGACCUCGGGCCCGAGACCUGCGCGCGGAUCGAAGCGGUGCUGGCCGAGGCGCGCACGCUAGUGUGGAACGGGCCGCUCGGGGCUUUCGAGAUCGCCCCCUUCGACCGGGCGACGACGACAUGCGCGCGCGCGGCCGCCCGGCUUACCGGGGCGGGCAGGCUGCUCUCCGUCGCCGGCGGUGGGGACACGGUCGCGGCGCUCCAGGGCGCGGGCGUGCUUGGGGCCUUCAGCUAUGUGUCGACUGCUGGCGGUGCCUUCCUGGAAUGGCUGGAGGGGCGGACCCUGCCGGGGGUCGCGGCGCUCGAGGCAAGCGUCGCGCCGAAGAGCGGACCAUGA